UCAAAUCCCAUACAACGUCGCUUUCUACAUGUCUCCAGCAUGACAGGAAUCACCCCCACAAUUGCUGAGACAUAUUCAGAAGAUCUAAAGAAUAUAAUCAGUCAAAUGCUCAGCUGUGACCCUAAAGACAGACCUUCAGCUAAUGAGAUUUUGGCAAAACCAUUCCUGAAAGAUGCAGUGAACAGAAACAGGAGAAUUCCAGACCAACUUGAAGAAAGAUUCAUGAAGUCCACUGAGAACUUUGAUGAGGCCUACAAACAUUCAGAGGCCUUUCUGAAUGAAAUGGAAAAAACAGCAGAUUCACUAGAGGAGAUACAUCGUAAAUGCACUAUAGGCAGUUUGUCAGGUGCAGUCAUUGGAGCAACUGGAGGAAUCACUGCAUUGGUUGGUGCAAUUCUGGCACCUUUCACUCUUGGAGCAUCUCUGAUUGUCACAGGCGUUGGUAUAGGAGUCAGUGUUGCAGGUGGUGUAACAGGUGCUGCAUCCAACAUUACAGAUACAGUAAAACAAAAAUCACUCAGUGAGAGCCUAAAAAAAAUGGAGCAAAUAUGCAAAAAUGAAGGUGCUCUAAUUUUCAGUUCACCAAAAACACUGAGUCUUCUGAGAAAAAUCACAAAGUUCAGUGAUUUUGUCAGUUACUUAACAUUUGAUAAUGUGAAAAUAUCAUGGAGGGCAGGGAGAAGUACAGCAGUGUUUGCUGCAGAACUUGCAUGUCUGUUGGUAAAUGUUGGCAGAGUUGGUGCUCAGGCUGCCAAAUUAGGACGUGCAGCAGUGGCAGUUUCAGGUGUGUUAAGUGGACUGUUAGUCAUUGUUGAUGGCAUCUUCAUAGCGAAAGAUUCUCAAGAGAUUCAUGAGAUCAGACAACAGGGAAACAUAGAUGAUCCAGAAAAGGUCAAAUCUAGUGUGCUCAAGUCCAUCGCAAAGAUGAGGAAAACACAUAAAGAGCUUUGUGCUGUCUUGAAGGCAAUUAAAGAAACAAGAGAGUCAAUUCUAAAGAAAAGAAGAAAAAAUCAUCCAGAGGUGAAAGAGACCAGAUUUAAAUACACCACCAGUCAGACUCACGCAUAAUCAUAUUAAUUUGUCUGUGAGCUU